UAAAAAGAAACUGGCUGCCGUUGCAUUCAGCAGUUGAGUAUUUACUUUGACUGGCAGAGAACCGUGAACGCGCUAACAUGGGUUAUACAAAAGCUUUACACUUGGCUACGGCCAUACUGGGCGUGGCUGCGCUAGCGUUGGUGCAAGCUGACGAGCAAAUUUAUCGCAUGUGCGUGCCGCAAAAGUACUAUCAAGACUGUUUGGAUCUGCUGAAGGAUCCCUCCGAGGCUGGCAUACUAAUGCAAUGUGUGGCGGGACGUGAUCGUAUCGAUUGUUUGGACAAAAUCAAUCAACGUAAGGCCGAUGUGCUCGCCAGCGAGCCGGAGGAUAUGUAUGUGGCCUAUCACACGAAGAAUCAGGAUUAUCGUGUGAUCUCGGAAAUACGCACCAAAGAGGAUAAGGACGCUGAGUUCCGUUAUGAGGGCAUUAUUUUGGUGAAGAAAAAUUCGAACAUUAAUAGUAUGAAGGAGUUGCGCGGCAAGAAAUCGUGUCACACCGGUUUCGGACGUAAUGUGGGCUAUAAGAUCCCCAUCACCAAGUUGAAGAACACACAGAUACUUAAAGUUUCUUUGGAUCCCGAACUAAGUGCUACUGAUCGCGAGCUGAAGGCUUUAUCAGAGUUCUUCUCACAAUCUUGUUUGGUUGGCACCUACUCACCAUAUCCCGACACUGAUCGUCUACUGAAGAAGAAAUACUCCAAUUUGUGCGCGCUCUGCGAGAAACCCGAGCAGUGUAAUUACCCCGACAAAUACUCCGGUUAUGAUGGCGCUAUCCGUUGCUUGGACAAGGGCAAGGGCGAGGUGGCCUUCACGAAGGUGCAAUACAUCAAGAAAUACUUUGGCCUGACACCUGGCGCCACACCCGAAGGCGAUCCCUCUGAAUUCGAGUAUUUGUGUGAGGAUGGCAGUCGUCGUCCAGUCACCGGUCCCGCUUGCUCGUGGGCCCAACGUCCAUGGACUGGUUAUAUCUCGAACGCUGAUUCGGUAAAUGGCGAAGAGAAAUUGCAUAACCUACAAAAUCGUUUGGAGAAAUUCUUUGAGAAUGGUUUGCAUGCCGAAAACAAGGUUGCCGCACAACAUUUGCUCAUCAACGAGAAUGCCGUGUAUCACAGCAAACCCGAGGCUGUUGAACCGAAAGUCUAUCUCGAACGUGCCGGCUACAAGGAUGUGAUCGAACGUGAUGGCAGCGCCAUCAGAAAGAUGCGUCUCUGUGUGCGUACCCCUCUUGAGCUGGCCAAGUGCGAUUCAAUGCGCCGCGCCGCCUACUCACGUGACAUUCGCCCUGAGUUGGAGUGUGUGCAGGAUCAAGAUUGUUUGAAUGCCGUUGAGAAUAAAAAUGCCGAUCUGGUUGUGGUGCCAGGCAGCCAAUACGUGGAUGCGCGCCAAGAAAAACUUAAGCCAGUCGUAUAUGAAAGCUACGGCCCCGACAAUGUCUAUGUUGCUGUUGUAGAGCCGAGCGUGAGCAAGGAUUUGCAGAAGCUACCAAUCAACUAUGAUGCGCAGAAUAAACGUGCCAGUUUAGCGGCCAACUUCCUGAACAAACGCCGCAACAUUAACCCCUGUCAGAACUCACCGUCCACUGAGAAGAAUCUCAUGAUUGUACACUCAAGCGAAUUGGAACAACAUAAGGAUAAGCAGCUGGUGUGCCCGAGUUUGGAAGUGAAGGCCGUAACCGAGUAUCAUACAUGCAACCUGGAGGCUAACUUACCGUCGGCUGUCUUCAUACGCGAGAACACGAGUCCCGUUGAGCAGGAGACUAUCAAGCAAUUGUUCGUUUCGAUUUCCUCCAAGUUUGGUAAAGAGGGCAAGUUGUCCGAUGUGUUCGCACUCUUCGCUCCAUUCGAAAAGGACGCCAAGAAUGUCUUGUUCGAUGAUGAUGCUACGGAGUUCGUAACUGAGCUGAAGAAUCCCAACCUCAAUGAGCAAAUCUACAAUGAGCUCGCAUGUGAUAAACAAUCGAUUUCAAAAAGUCGCUAAAAAUGCAUGGCUAGAUACAUACAUACAAACACGUCCCUGUAAUCCUAAUUAUAAGUUUUCAUAAUUACUAAAAUAAAAAGUUAUCAUUGAAUAUGAAAAAAAAA